AUGGCUGUUUCAACAACCGUUUCCUACACGGCGAACCUCAUGAAAUACAUGGCGCUCGACCAGAAGGGAUCUGCUAUGGCAGAGUACAUCUGGAUCGAUGCGAACGGUGGUACUCGCUCCAAGUCAAAGACUCUUACCAGUGUCCCAGAAGGCGGUCAAUUCACUCUUGAUGAUCUCCCAGAAUGGAACUUUGACGGUAGUUCGACCAACCAAGCCCCCGGUGACGACUCCGAUGUUUACCUCCGCCCUAUCGCAAUCUUCCCAGAUCCAUUCCGUGGUGCCCCUAACAUCUUGGUCUUGACCGAGUGUUGGGAUCCCGAUGGAACCCCAAACAAGUUCAACUACCGUCAUGAGUGCGCCAAACUCAUGGAGGCACACAAGUCUCAUGAGCCAUGGUUCGGUUUGGAGCAAGAAUAUACCCUCCUUGAUAUGUCCGACAGACCUUACGGAUGGCCCACCAAUGGUUUCCCCGGUCCUCAAGGUCCAUACUACUGUGGUGUGGGUACUGGCAAAGUUUUCUGCAGAGACAUUGUCGAGGCUCACUACAAGGCUUGUUUGAACUCUGGUGUCAAGAUCUCCGGUACCAAUGCCGAGGUUAUGCCAGCUCAAUGGGAGUUCCAAGUUGGUCCUUGCGAUGUGGGUGAUCACCUCUGGUUGGCUCGUUUCCUCCUCAACCGUGUCGCCGAAGAAUUCGGUGCCAAGAUUUCCUUCCAUCCCAAGCCAAUCCCAGGUGACUGGAAUGGUGCCGGUCUUCACUCCAACUUCUCAAGUGCUGAGAUGCGUGUAGAGGGAGGCAUGAAACACAUUGAGGCUGCCAUUAAGAAGCUCGAGGGUCGUCACAAGGAGCAUAUCGCGGUUUACGGAGAGGAUAACAGCAUGCGUCUUACCGGCAGACAUGAGACUGGUUCUAUUGACAGUUUCACAUACGGUAUCGCCAACCGUGGCGCAUCCAUUCGUAUUCCAAGAGAGUGUGGCCAAAAGGGUUACGGAUACUUUGAAGAUAGAAGACCCGCUUCAAAUGCUGAUCCAUAUCAAAUUACUGGUAUUAUGAUGGAGACGAUGUUCGGUGGACUUGAUGGUACUGAGGCCAAGAAAUAG